AUGGUGAGACAAGGGGUGGAGAAAUCUCCGAAACGCCAUCGCGAGAAGCGUCGGGUACGCUUCGCAUUGCCGCCCCCGGGAGGCGGCAGUCCAGUUGCCCCACUCUCCCCCCUGACAUCGCGUCGCGGCGCUGACCGCACAUCGGGCGUCGCUGUCAGCAGCAGCGUCGGCGUCUGUGGCGGCGGCAGUUUCUCGUUUGAUCCACGUCGAGAAACGUCGCGCUCGAGGUGGUUGCCGGAGGAGAUCGCACGUGAGGCCACAACUGCUGCCACGGACCGACAGCCGGUGUAUUUUGACGGCACGCUGUCCCCUACAACAGGGGCGGCCCCUGAGCCGCCCUCGUACUCGGCAUGUGGCCGGGCACUGGUCAGGGCCGCCCGAGAUGCCGACGACGAGGAGCUCGCCGAGCUGCUCAGGAAGGCAUGCAUGGUCGGACUUUCGAGGGAUGAUCUCAAUGCUGUCGACUCCAGUGGAAGGUAG